CCCAAAUAUAAGUUGAAGACAAAACACAAAACUCUAGCCUGCCUGCCCCUCAAAAAAAGAGAAAAUCCAACAACACUCCUGAGUUGUUCUGAUUCCUGACUGAAUUCAAACCCCAACCCCAACCCCAAGUACACUCUUGUCUUUCUUUCCAACACCCAAUUUGCGUGCUUUCCCCUCUAAAUUAACUCAAUUUCUUAACUUUUACUUACGAAAAUGGCGAAUUUUCAUGAUUAUUAUCUCUUCCUUCUAUUAAUCACUAUCUUCCUUGCAAUUUCAUCAACCCUUUUUCCGUUCUCUGUUAAUGCUAACUUGGAAGGGGAUGCACUAUUCGCACUGAGGAAGGCAGUAACAGACCCAGGAAAUGUGUUGCAGAGUUGGGAUCCUACCCUUGUUGAUCCUUGUACAUGGUUUCAUGUUACUUGUGACCAUCAUAAUCGGGUUACCCGCCUGGAUCUUGGAAAUGCUAAGUUAUCUGGUAAAUUAGUUCCAGAGUUGGGAAAGCUUGAGCACCUUCAAUAUUUGGAACUCUACACGAACAACUUUGAAGGUGAAAUACCGAAUGAGCUUGGUGGGCUAAAGAGCCUUGUGAGCUUAGAUUUGUUUCACAAUAAUCUCACUGGUCCGAUUCCUUCAUCACUCUCUAAGCUCUCCAACCUUAAAUUUCUCCGAUUGAACAACAACAAUCUGACGGGAAGAAUCCCUCGAGAGCUUACCAAGCUCGGAAACCUGAAGAUCUUGAAUGUGUCGAACAAUAACUUUUGUGGUACCUUUCCAACAUCCGGUUCAUUCUCGAAGUUUACCGAAGAAAGUUUUGUGAACAAUCCCAGGUUAGAAGGACCGGAAUUGGUCGGUUUUGUGCGAUACGAUUCUGGAAGAGAAUGUAACUGAAGUUGCGAAGAGGCAAAACCGCAAAAGUUAACAUGUCGAGAAGGAAAUUAAUUAAUGUAAUAGGAGUUUUUAUAGUAACAUUAUACUGCAUCAAAAAAGGGAGAAUAGUAAGCAAUAGUCCUUUGGAUUCUCAAUCUGAACAUUGGUGUUCUUGACAGAGACUCAAAUGUUGGACGAACUCUAUCUUUGACGUCAGUUUUGUCCCUCAAAUGUGAUAUAGUAAUAUCUAUUAUCACCCUGAAAGUCAGAACCCCUUGUUUUGAACCAGUUUAUUACUCAAGAAUUGCUCUUUUUUUUCAAACAACCACGUUAAAAGUUUUGGUCGACUAAUGUCGCCACUAGAUGGACUAUGCUUUGUUCGCGGAGAAGGAAAUGUUUAUGUGGAGUUGUAGGAUAAUGCGGUCAAACUUAAAAGAUGAACACUUGCGUUUGAUCAAAGGUGAAAACCUUGUGUCUAAUCAAUGAUAGAUAUAAGGGAAACUCCUCUAAAUUUUUUUAAUGACUAGGGUUAGUCAUAGGUGACAAAAAUCUACUAAUGUAUCUUAAUAAUUGCGUGUUUUUAAUUCAAGCUUUAAGCUCACCACUUUCAUUGUUAAUUUCCGAUGUAUUGACUCUAUCCAAAAGAAAUUAUCAUA